AUGGCUGGUGCGCCCAAGGCCUCAACUCUCACCGAAGCCUCCGAGGAAAUUGCAAGCCUUAAGCGAAAAAUCCAGCAAUUAGAAACAGAACUCAAGCGACAGGCUUCCAACCAUCACAAUCUACCGAGUCCUAUAGGGUCGUCACCGUCACUGUAUUCUGCUCCUGUAUCUACAGGAGGAGCCCCCGAGCCCGGUUUGAAAAGGUACUGUGGUGGAAUUCAGUUUCGACCUACACGUUCCUCUAACGACACCUGGUUCGGGCCCUCAUCCCUUUACGCAUUCAUCCAACGUCUUGGCGACUUUCUCAAUAUUAAACUGCAAAAAGAACACACUAUCCAUCGUUUGCAUCCUGUAUCAGCCAGCGAUCACAAACUACUGAACGAACCAGAACCGGGCCUACAUGGACACAUCAGCCAUUCUUGGGCCCCUCCUGCGGGAGAAGUUCCCACUACGGGGAUUUACCUGAGUCUCAUACAAGAGGAAUAUUUCAUCAAUCUUUUCUGGCAGACCUUCCAUACUUCCCUUUACCCGAUCGUGGAUGAGACACAGUUCAAGAAGCACUAUCAGUCUCUCAUGGUGAAUGGCGGCCAGGACCGGAAGCCUUCGGCCCUAGUCGAUGUUAUAAUCGCCAUUUGCAUGCAAUAUGCGACCUCGGCAAUGCCUUCCGAGACUCAAGGGAUUCUUGUUGAGGGCAAAGACGCUCUAGUUGCGGGUCGAUGGCACUACUGGCGUGGGCAAAAGUUGCUUACGUACGAGCUUGACAGCCCAUCAUUAUCAACCCUUCAAUGCCAUUUGCUCUGUGUAGUCUACACAUGUGGCGGGUCUUUCCACAAUAUGAUGGACAGUAUCAUGGGCCUAGCUGUACGUACUGCUUAUAUGCUUGGUCUACACCUGGAUCCCUCGCCAACCCUGCCCGAAAAAGACCGUGAAUUGCGCAGGCGCCUGUGGUGGGCAGUCUAUCUCCUGGACAGUAAAGCGGGAAUGAAGCUUGGUCGCCCCUUCAUGUUGUCUAGCUCACACGCUAUGCCAUCCCUCCCAAGUGACACCCUUGAGGCUGCUGCGAGUUCUGGAUCCAUGUUUGCCCCUAUCGGACCUAAUGCUACAUGGCUCAGCUAUAAUCUACACACAGUCCAGCUCUACAGAAACGUCCGCACAGCUUAUACAGCUUUCUUUGAUCAGGACAGUCUUCUGCGAGAAGGACAGGUUUUAUGGGCUAACCACGAAGCCCAAAACUCCAGUGCGGAGGUUCUAAGAGCACAUACCCAGAGCCUCUACGAAUGGGUUGAAGGUGUCCCGGAAUCUCUGAAAAUGAAGCGUCAAAACGGUGGCCAACCCCUAUCCACGGAUUUUACCUCCAUUCUACUUGAGCCGUUCACACCACCGUGGCUGCAGCGACAACGCCUGCUCCUCGAACAUACAUAUCAUCACCUCAGCGUGAAUCUCUAUCGACCAUUUAUCUCCUUCAGCUUGAAACCGCCUAUUGAUUCAAUAGCGGAAGAACUCGCCAUGAGAUGCGCUUCUCAUGCAAUAACGUUGACAAUGAUCACGCAUCACGCGCUGACGGAGUCAUCUCUUCUGGACGGGUGGCACGAGGCCUUCUUUUGCCAAUGGAAUGCAGUUAUGACUCUUAUUGGAUAUAUAAUUUUGUUUCCAUCUUCAACAUUAUCUAACCAGGCCAAGCAUGCGAUUGAACUAGCUAUCUCGGUUUUCGAUAACUUUGGUGCCAAGUUUUCAGUCGCAGCAAACGCAGCGCAAAUCACUCGUGAUUUAUCUGCCAAUCUUGAGGUUCUACUAAAGCCCAUCGAGUCUGAGCAAAACUCUGCUAUAUUCCCUGAAGAUUUGGAAGCCAAUUCCCUAUACUCGGCGCCAGUUGACCUGGUCCUACCAUCGCAGGAUCGUUUUGAUGCACCGCUAUUCAACCUGUUUGAUAUGGCCGUCGAUAUCGAUUUCUGGAAUGAUGUUGACACGCUAUUUCCAGAUCUUGAUCAAUCAUUACAAGUCCAAUCGGAAAUAUGA